AUGGCCUUUUCAUCAAAUCAACCCAACACCACCCUCUAUCUCAAUAAUCUCAAUGACAAGGUCAACAAGGACGAGUUGCGCACUCAACUUUUUGCACUCUUCACAACCUAUGGCAAGAUCAUCGACAUCAUCGCUUCCAAGAGCCAAAAAAUGCGCGGCCAGGCUUUUCUCGUCUUCACAGACCUUGCCGGCGCGACUUCAGCCAUGCGAGCUUGCGAGGGAAUGAUGUUUUAUGAUAAGCCGAUGGUGCGUCCCCUGGCACUGUCUGGACACGAAUUCCUCAUGCUCGACACCUGAUCCAGCACAUCGACUAUGCCAAAUCGAAAUCUUACGCGACGCUUCAACGGGAGGACCCCAAUUUCGUACCUCCUACAGCGGCCAACGCAAGUGCUCUCGUCUCACAGAACGGCAAGAGACAGAGAGACGGUGAUGUAGGGGAGGGAGACCGACAGGCGAAGCGGGAAAGGGGAGAGGACAAUGAAGAUGAGGAGGAGAUGGAAAUCGACGAUGACGACGAGUUACCUCUGAAGACUGAUACAUCUGUCACCCCGACAACUGUACCACCCCAGGUCCAACACUCUUCCGCUCGCCUCCUGUGUACAAAUCUGCCACAAGAAGUAACAGAUGAGGUACUUUCUGUUCUAUUUCAACAGUACGUCUUCGUCGCGUUCUCCGUUCGUUGACACGUCUUACCCCCCCUAUUUUAC